AUGAGUCGAGGAGGAAAAUUGGCCCCGGAAGUCAACCGAGCUCUCUUCGUAAAGAACCUGAGCUUCAACGUCACCCCAGAGGAACUCUUCGACCUCUUUGGCAAGUUCGGCCCAGUGCGCCAAAUUCGCCAGGGCAUCGCCAACAACACCAAGGGCACUGCCUUCGUCGUCUAUGAAGACGUAAUGGACGCAAAGUCGGCCUGCGACAAGCUCAACGGCUUCAACUUCCAGAACCGGUAUCUCGUUGAUAAGAUGCUCAAGGCCGCGAAUGAUCUCGCCGAGCGCCAAGAGAACUUAGAAAAGCUCAAAAAACAACACGGUAUUGAUUAG